GAAAAAAGGACAAGACAAGGAAAAAAAAAAAAGGAAAAAAUGCGAGCCCCACAACGCAAACAUAAACCGAGCUCCGCUUCAAAUGUGUUUUGUGUAUCGGCCUUGUCACUUGUAUAUAUUUUUUCUCUCCCUCCCAACCUUAAACAACAAAAAAAUAGUAGUAUUGAUUAGACCAUGGCAACAAUGGGUGGCACGCCAAUGACCGGCGGAGGUCCAGGACAACAGCAAAUGUCACCGCAAGAACAAGCACAGAUUCGAAUGAUUCAAGGCGCCAUGGAGUCAUGUCCUGUCAAGACCGGCAUGGCAGGUGUUGUAGGUGGUGCUAUGGGUGCUGCGUUCGGUCUAUUCAUGUCCUCCUUUGAAUUUUCUGGUCCGAGCAUGGAUCCAAAACUAUUGGAGCAAAGCACAAAAGUGCAAAUGAAGGCCGUGUUCAAGGAUAUGAAGACUCGAUCCUUCUCGAUGGCCAAGAACUUUGCUGUGGUCGGUGCCAUCUAUUCGGGCUCAGAAUGCUGUAUUGAAUCGUAUCGAGCAAAGAACGAUCUCGGAAAUAGUAUGGCUGCUGGAUGUUUCACGGGUGGUGUGCUUGCCGCAAGAGCAGGUCCUCAGGCGGCGGCAUUGGGUUGCGCAGGCUUCGCUGCAUUCAGUUGUGCGAUUGAUUAUUACAUGAAAAGUUAAAAAAAAACGGAUAAGACCUUGUUAUUGUAUAUUCCCCCCCUUUCUUUACAACAAUUUUAAUAGAAUGUGUUCAUUUGUAUGAUGCGAGAAAGAGAUUUCUUUUUGUUAUGUCGGGACUAUCGAACAAUUUUGCUGACAGUACGGUGGGGCUGCCCUCCUCAAUGUUUGGC